CAAACAGCACAAGUGGCACCUCGGCAGCUGGAGUGGCCCCAGCCUUCCCCGGCCACCCCCGAUCCUAUAAAAGCCCCCGGCUGCGGCUGGCAAAGGGACGGGAGCACACGGAGAGAUGGAGGACAGCUCCAAAGAGGCGCUGAUGGAGGAGGCACCUCCGAGGUACACGGAGUCCCCGCGCCUGCCCUGCAUCCCCCACGAGCUCAGGAGCCUCCUGCUGGUGGUGGCGCUGGUGGUGGUGGCCCUCGUGGUGGUCAACAUCACCUUCCUCCUGCUGGGGCUGCACCUCAGCGAGUCACACGCCGAGACGGUGUUGAGAAUGACCAUCCACGGGCUGGAUGGCGAGGGGACCCCCCAGCAGCUCGCCAUGAGCAAGAAGGAAAGGACGGGGACGUUCGCGGUGCGGGACGGGCUCAACGCCUCGGCCACGGUGGUGUUCGAGUACAGCAAGCUGCUGGUCGGCUACAGGUCCUGGCGUCACCGCGCCUGCUACAUCACCCGGCUGGACAAGGACAACUUCCCGGGGCUGGACGCGGUCACCGAGAGCUUCCAGCGCCGGCAGGAUGAGGGCGUUGGGGACAAGGCCGCGCCCCUGGCUGACCGCUCCAUCCUGGGCACCACCAUCAACAUCCUCUGCAGCACCGUCCCCGUGUUCUGGGUAGCCCGACUGCACCCUGGGGCCACCAAACCUUCACAGGGGCCGCUCCUGUCCCCACCCCAGUGCCCCAGUAUAAAAUUCCAGGUCCCGGUGGCCAGGCUGGGCUGGGAAUGGGAGGAGGAGGAGGAGGCAGCCAUGGAGAGCAGCAUGAAGCAGGUGAUGCUUGAAAAGGAGGACUCGGGGAAUGGCUGCUGCUGCCCAGGCUGCUGCUUGCCCUGUGCCACGUGCUGCGCCAAAUGCUGCACCAAAUGCAGCUGGUGCUGCGCCAAAUGCUGCUGCCUGCCCAAGUGCUGCCAGUGUCCCAAGUGUCCCAAGUGUCCCAAGUGUCCCGGCUGUGCCGGCUGCGCCAGCUGCUCCGGCUGCCUCAAGAAGUCCCUGUGCUUCGUCCCUCGGCUGCUCUGUUCCCUGCCCCGCAAGCUCCUGAGCUGCGGCUGCGGCCGCCUGCGCUGCCUGCUCAUCGCGGUGGUCGUGGUGGUCCUGCUGGUGCUCAUCAUCGCCGGCGCCCUGCUGAUGCGGCUGAGCAUUGAGCAGCGCCACGCCGAUACCGUCCUGCGGAGCGGGGUGUGGACUGGGCCAGCCUGGGAAGAGGACUCGGCCACUUUCUACCUGGACAGUGGAGACGGGAACGCGGCCACGGUCAUCUAUGAUUACAGGAAUCUGCUGGUGAGCUACAGACCCCGGCUGCACCGCGCCUGCCUCGUGACCCGCGUGGACAGGGACAACAUCCCGGGGCUGGACACCGUGGUCGAGACCUUCCAGCGCCGGCAGGCUGAGGACAAGAUCUCCAUGCCCCUGACUGACCGCUCCCUCCUGGGCACCACGGCGAGCAUCCUCUGCAGCCUCCUCCCUGUUUACUGGGCUUAGAGCCCGCGGGGUGGGCAGGGGGGCUGCGGGACCCCCGCCCACCCGGCAGCACCCUCACAGCACCAGCUUUGCCUUGCAGCAUCUCCAACAGCCCCCUGGGAGCAUCGGCGACUCCUCCGCGGCCGCCCCCUCGCCGCCCACCCCGAUUUUGGGGUGCGGGGGGCUCGGAGGGGUCAGGGGGUCGGCGCUGGAGGGGCC